GCCAUAUACUGUCAGUUGGUCUUGAGUAAUGAGUAAAAAUGAUGUAAAAUAAAUUAUUUUCCUAUUCUUGAGCCUUUGACCCUGUUACUUAAUGUAAAACUUAUAUUGUAUUAUGUUGAUAAAUAACGAAAAUCUCAUAAAUAUAUAUUAUUUAAGGAUAAUAUUAACAGGCUUACACAAUGCCUAUGAUCGAAGUGUAAUAUAAACUUAUAAGAAGCUUAUAAGCUGAUUUCCAAAAAAUAAAUCACUCAUAUAAUCAUGUGCAGCUUAACAAGUGUGAAAUGAACUCGACUUUACUGGUGGUAGAGCUUUGUGCAAGCUCGUCUGGGUGCGUACCACCCACUCAUCAGAUAUUCUACCGCAAAACAGCAAUACUUGGUAUUGUUGUGUUCCGGUUUGAAGGGUUGAACGAGGAGAAGGAGAGGUCCCCGUGUCUUGGAGAUAGAGCCAACGGAAAUAUAACAAUGUGGGGAGCACAACGGCGCAUCCUCCUCGAUGUGUUGAUGGCCUGUUGGGGCCUCGGCACCUGGCUCGGCGUCAAUGGUCUUUACGUGCAACUGCCUCUGCUCGUCGAGCGACUGCCCGAAGGAUGGGCUCUGCCAUCGUCGAUGACGGUCGCCAUUCAACUCGCAAACGUCGGUCUAAUCGCUUACGCUAUCUUAAGAAGAUUUUUUCCGCGAGCACCCGAUUCUCCCUACAUUUAUAUAUUGCUUGUGAUCGGUACAGUGGCACUCUACCUUAACUCUUUCUUAUACACAGAGACUGCAGUAAUCGGUGGGACAGAACGUUCUUUUUCGUUUUUGGCGCUAACGUUCUUUGCAGCAUUAGUUGGCUGCACAAGUUCAGUGUUGUUCUAUCCGUACUUAAGACAUUUCCGUGACGUGUACCUCGCUACGUACUUAGUGGGCGAGGGCUUAAGUGGCUUUAUACCGAGUAUACUCGCGUUGAUUCAAGGUAUCGGUGGUGAACCGGAAUGCGUUUUCUCGCCGGAUAACUCGACGGUCACGGCCAUAUACCCACCGGCGAGGUUUAACUCGACAGUGUUCCUGAUAUUGCUCGGUUGCUUGUCGGCUCUGAGCUUAGUAAGCUUCGCAUUCGUCGACAACUGCUCCGCGUUCCUGUCAGAGCGAGUGAAGGAAGAGGAAGCGGCGAAAGAAGAGGAAGCGACAACGGAGCACGAAUCGAUCUUUCAGCUGAAGUGGGUUUCCGUGUUAGUGCUAAUGGCUUUCUUGAAUGCGCUUAUGAAUGGCGCGCUACCUUCAGUGCAGACGUACUCGUGCAUGCCGUACGGCACGAACAUUUACCACUUGGCGGUGACAUUGGGUGCCAUGGCUAACCCGGCGGCGUGCCUGGCGGGAGUGUGGCUCCGGCCGGUAACGACGCGCGUCUUGGCCGCUAUGCUGACCUUUGUGUUGGUGCCGCUUGGCUAUAUUUUUGCCACGGCAGCUCUCAGUCCGACGCCGCCAUUGUAUUCAGAUACUAUUGGUCGUGUAUUAGUGGUAUUGUCAUGGGUAGCGGUGUCGGGGUUGGUUUCGUACGCACGCAUGUGGGUGUACGGGUGGGCGAGGCGCGGCGGCGCGGGGGGCAUGCGCGCGUGCGGCGCCGCCACGCAGGUCGGCUCCGCGCUCGGCUCGCUCGCCUUCUUCUUCAUCGUCAACUACGGCAACGUGUUCACGCAGCCGGACGCCUGCCCAACGCCCUCCUCUUGAACCAUGCGUACUUAGUGAGUGUCGCUAGUGACGCGGUUGAUCUGCUAAGCUUUGGACAUUAAAACUUAAUUUCGUUUUUGUAUUACUUCGAAAGAAACCUGCCUACUUUUUUAUCAUCGUCGCCUUGUAUAACUUUAUUCAAUGCAUACCAUACCUGCAUAUGCUCGAUGAAAAAAUGUGUAGCGUAUACGAUGAUUAAAGUUAGAUUCACACUGUAUAGUUAAUUUAUGAUUAACUUAUUUUCACAGGGCUAGAAGUGAUUUUGAUACGUAUGUACUUAGUCAGUUUCUACUUAUUACAAAUUUAUAUAUUAUUUACUACAUGACGUAAAUGUUUUCGACACAAAUUAUGCGUAUUUUUAUUUCUAUAUAAGGAGAUAUUUUAUGCCAAAACGUUAUAUCUGGUACAAAAAUUAGGAGACAUUGUCGAGAGUUACGAAAUGUCUCGAUUACUUUCCAGAUAAGAGCCCUGAAAUGAGAUGAACUAGAUUUACUAUUUACAUUGUUAUCAAAUGUACUUAUUUCUACAUCGUUUUUCGGUUAACAUUUUUGUUGUUUUUAUUUACAUUUUACUAGAUUUUAUUAUUUUUGCUCGACAAAUAUCUAUAGUUCACUUCAAUAGAUGUGCUAAGUGUAAACAAGUAAAUGUUAAAAUAAUCUCAAUUCUUACGUUUUUUAAUUAGCAUAGUUUAAAUGUGAUACUUUGGUAUUAAAAUAGAAUGGACCCGAGGACUUAACCUUUGCAGGUGGUUGUAUGUUGCGUUUCCAAGUUCUGUUAAAAUGAACGUAGAACGUUACUUAGGUGUAAUAAAAUAGAAUUUUAUACAAGCCGUCUACGGCUAUACAGAUGUGAUAUAUUCCAUUGUGGCUGUAAGAGUAUAUCGUUGUUGAAUGUUUUACAGACAUUAAAAAAAUAAUUACAUGAUUGAGUUUUAUUAAUCACUCUUCAUAGCGUUUUUUAUUAUGUUUCUAAGUUUGGUUAAGUAACAACCCGUAUUACCAGCGAAAAGGCCUUUUCUUCUUAAGAGGAGGACCACGUUGCCACAAAAAAAUCGAGCUUUAAAACACUCCACUCGCACCUUACCCAUGCUUAUAUAGUUAACAGAAAAAAAUAAUCACCCUUCAACGCGGAGCAAAAAUUAAGCACGUCAUAAGUUUGUGGUAGCAAUUUUUGGCUUUGAGCGUGGACCCAUGUCUAAUGUGCGGCACCGCCUACCGUGUAACGGCACGGCGCCGCUGCCGGGAGAAGGCGCGGCGUCGUGCCGCAGCACGGUGCCGUGUACGAUGCACCGCAAUGCUUUGCUGUGUGGAAUGUGCCGCACCGUAGACUUGGGUCCGCGCCCUAGGAUCCACUGGGUCAUCUCUGCUCUACUACCUGCGAUACCUGAACUAUUUUGUGUAAACGUUGACUAACGUACUCGGAUACAUAUGCUGUUAAGUAUUUUCAAGCACAUAAACAAUUCCAUAUUAUGUAUGUACAUUUACUGGUGAAAAAACUUCCUAAAAAAGUUUUAAAAUUGUUUGAAUAAAGUGUAUUUUACAAACGAAA